ACAUGGCCUGAAACUCUUGCACUAUAAACAAUCAUACCAAGUGACGUCAUUUUUGUUUUUUUUUCUUUGCGUAAUGAAUUGCCCACCGUAGUAAACAUUGUUUUUAUAUCAUCGAUGAAUUUUUUAAUAAAACCAAUUGGUAAUUUAUUUAAAGCUUUACUCUCAGGACGAACAGCUUCAUUUAGCCCAUCUGUGUGCAAAAAUACUUGGACGUAUGACAUUCUAGAGUGCAGAAGGGGUGUGAAUCUGAACUGAUAUACUACUUUCUAAUAACUCAUCAAAAAGCUUUGAAUCAAAGGCUUUUUAAAAAGGAAUUUAUAGUUUUCAAGAAUACCUCAUGUGUUUUCAGUUUAUUCAAAGACUUUGGCUUUACAUUAGUUAACUAGAAUCUGUGGAUGGCGGAAGCAGCAGAAUCCCCUCCAAAUGGGAAUGUUGAUGAUAGCGCACCUGAAGCAAAUUCUCAGGAUGAGGAACCCUCCAGGUUGCUUCGAUUGAAAAUCAAAGCUGGCCAUAAUUUAGCAAAAAAAGAUAUAUUUGGAGCAAGUGACCCAUAUGUACGUGUAGAUCUUUUAUCCAGUGAUAAAGAUACUGUGAUUGAUACAUUUUGCACUAGAACAAAGAAAAGGACUUUAAAUCCAAUAUGGGAUGAAGAAUUUAUCUUUCAGGUCAAACCCAGCCAAACAUUAAAAAUUGAAGUUUUUGAUGAAAACAGACUAACUCGAGAUGAUUUUCUUGGGUUAGUCGAGUUACCUCUUCGCAACAUUCCUACAGAAAGACCUGGCCGAACUAUUAAUGCCAAGUAUUAUAUCCUUAGACCAAGAAGCAACAAGUCUAGAGUGAAAGGACAUUUGGAAAUUUACCAUGCCUAUACAUCAACUGGAGCAUCUGAAGAUGAUGAUGAUUCUACAAGCCAACAGGAAACUGAAUCUGGUUGGGAAAUGGUGAAUGCAGAUGAAGGUGCAGGCGUGGAGGAGUCUCCAGCUUCACCAGUAACUGUGUCCACCCCUCCGUCCAAUCAUUCCCCUCUCCCGCCUGGAUGGGAGGAGCGGCAAGAUGCUAAUGGCAGGACUUACUAUGUCAAUCAUGCUGCAAGGACAACCCAGUGGGAGCGGCCUACAGGAGCGACGCAGGUGGCAGAAGAAGCCCAGCAGCGUAGUUUGGAAUCAGCACAAGAAUUCAGACGUCGUGUUCACAUCAGUGUUGAUAAUACAGACGAUUCACUUCCAGACCAUCAGCCUAGGGACAAUGCUGAAAUAUUGAGAACUAUGCUUGAAACCCAAAGGCUUGACCCUAACAUCAGGAGGCAUUCAAUGCCCACUGCUAGUUUAAGUCGUCAGAGUAGCCAAAAUCAAUCUUCAACUGAAGGAUUACCCCCAGGGUGGUCAAUGCAAGUUGCACCUAAUGGUAGAGUUUUUUAUAUUGACCAUAAUUCCAAAACUACAACAUGGGUUGAUCCUAGAACAGGCAAGCCUAGCAUUCUGCCUAAUCAAAGCAAUGUGCCAAACAGGCCUCGCUUUAGCAGCGUGGAUGAUCUUGGUCCCUUACCUGAAGGUUGGGAAGAAAGGUUCCAUACAGAUGGGAGAAUAUUCUUUAUUGAUCACAAUUCUCGAAUUACUCAGUGGGAAGAUCCUCGGUUAAACAAUCCAAACAUUGCAGGGCCAGCUGUUCCAUACUCUAGAGAUUAUAAAAGAAAGUAUGAAUAUCUAAAAGCCAAGUUGCCAAAACCAGCUAAUGUCUCUGGAAAGUUUGAAUUGAAAGUGAGUCGUGCAAACAUCCUCGAAGAUUGUUAUCGAAUUAUCAGUGCUGUGACACGAGUGGAUAUUCUGCGUACAAAGCUGUGGGUAGAGUUUGAUGGAGAAGAAGUUUUAGACUACGGUGGUGCUUCUAGAGAAUUGUUUUUCCUUUUAUCUAAAGAGAUGUUCAAUCCUUACUAUGGCUUAUUUGAAUAUUCUGCUGUAGAUAAUUAUACUCUUCAGAUCAAUCCCAAUUCAGGUGUCUGCAAUGAAGACCAUUUAUCGUAUUUUAAGUUCAUUGGUAGAGUAGCAGGCAUGGCUGUUUACCAUGGAAAACUUUUGGACUCCUUUUUUAUUCGUCCUUUUUACAAAAUGAUGCUCGGAAAACCUAUUAGCCUUAAAGACAUGGAAUCAGUGGAUUCAGAGUAUUAUAAUUCACUGUUAUGGAUUAUGGAAAAUGAUCCUGCUGACUUGGACUUAAGGUUUUCCAUAGAUGAAGAUUUGUUUGGUCAGAUGCAGCAACGAGAUCUCAAACCAAAUGGGAGUGAAAUACCUGUUACGCAAGAAAACAAAAUGGAGUACAUUAAUUUAGUCAUUCAGUGGAGAUUUGUAUCAAGAGUUGAACCCCAAAUGAAUGCUUUCCUUGAAGGAUUUGGUGAAGUAGUUCCUAUGCACUUGAUAAAGCUUUUUGAUGAAAAUGAAUUAGAACUCUUGAUGUGUGGCAUUGGCAAAAUAGAUGUAAAAGACUGGAAACAAAACACUGUUUACAAAGGAAGCUAUCAUGCAAAUCACAUUGUUAUUCAGUGGUUCUGGAGAAUGGUCAUGUCCUUUUCUAAUGAGAUGAGGGCAAGGUUGCUGCAGUUUGUCACUGGUACUUCUCGUGUCCCUAUGAAUGGUUUUAAAGAACUUUAUGGCAGCAAUGGUCCUCAGCUUUUCACUAUUGAAAAAUGGGGAACAACAGAUAAUCUGCCUAGAUCACACACAUGCUUCAACCGUCUGGACCUUCCUCCGUAUGACAGCUACCAAGAGCUGCGAGACCGACUCAUCAAGGCCAUUGAAGGUUCAGAGACCUUUGGUGGUGUUGACUAAUCUGUGUACAUUUUGAUAGGUGCAAACAUAUAAAUUCCAAAUGUGUGCCUGCCCGAGCUCAACACUGAUGUAUAAUUGGAUUCCACACUAUUUUAUUUAAAAAUGUGUAUAUAUUAUGUAACAAUUUAAGAAAUAGCUUAGGAUAUUUUCCAAUAUAUGAAUGUCUUUUUUUCUUAAUAUUUUGCUAUACAAACUCGUGCAUUCAUCAAUGUGCGAGCUAUAUGCAAUGAUGUGUAAUUAAUUGUUUGUACAAAUUCCUUUCCCACUGUUGGAUGUUAGUGUGCAGCUUCUGUGUCAUACCUAUUCUUGUUAUCCUCGCUCAAAUGUUUAUGAAUGGAUUAAUUUCUCAAUUGGUUGAUGUGUGGUCUAUAGUUCGCUUCUUUGUGUGUGUUAUGAUUUCAGAGCUCUAUAUUCUUUGUUGGUGCAGUGUAGUGGUGUUUUUAUUAUAUAAAUGAUUUUUUCUGUUGAGAAAAUGGUAUGCACUUCUGCAAAAGUCAUUGUGUCUGUUUGGAUGUGUAAAUUUUGUUUCCCUCAUAUUCGUGAAUCGGGCCCAAUUAGAUUUAUAUAAAAUUUUGCAGAAAUGUUAGAUCAGGAGAAAAACUUUUUACUAGAUGAUUUAAUCACAUUUUACUUUAGUAAAAGCAGUCAAAAGGAAUUUGAAAUUCCAUCAAUGACAGAUGUAUUCAAAUGUAAAAACGGGAAAAAAAGAAAUCUGCAGUUAGCUGAAUUAGCAAAUUUUUUCAUCUCUUCAAAGCCUAGUGUUCUGCUAUUACACACUUUUGAAGGGUUUUUCUAUUGCUUUUAUAUAUAUAUAAAAAAAAAAAAUCUGAAAUAUUUUUAGCAAGUGGUUUAUUAGUUACAGAAUUACUUUGAAAUCGUGGGAAUAAAUACUUCCCAUCAUUAAAGCCUUAUAGUUACAGACUGUAUUCAUACUUUUAACCUUGAAAAAGCCUCUAGAAUAUGAAUUUGAUUUAAAAUAAUCAAACGAAAACAACUUCCGAUGAAAGAAAUAGAAUGUGAAAGAUAUUAGCUAGUUUGGUAAUUAGACAGAUAUAGAUUAGAAAUUUUUAAAAAAUAGAAAUUGAUUGGUUUGCCUGUUUCAAUCAAUUUUGAAUAUGUUUUUAGUUUUUGAAUUCUUUAUCAAAUGAAAUUUGCCAGUUAUUGUAAAAAAUUUUUUUGUUCUCUGGGAUGAAAAUGAUUUUUCAAAAUUAUUUUGUUGCAUGGGAAUUUAGAAAUUAUUUAUUUAUGUUUUGCAGGUUAUUACAUUGUGUGUUAAGGUUUUUGAACAAAUAUUCAGAACUCUGUAUUGUCUUUUCUUUAUAGUUAAUUCAGUAUAUAGUUUAUAUGUUCACUGUGUUAUGUGCCAUAAGGUGGGUAGUUUUAUAUUAUUGUUAAAAUAUGAAUAAUUUUAUCUUGAAAAUUAUAAAUGUAUUAUUAAUUAUCUGCAACUUGUCUUGUAACAUUUAAGAAUUUAUUUUUAUAUUUUACAUGAAUACUUUUUAGAUGAAUCUUUAAAAAAAAUAUGUAUUAUCUUAAUUUACUUUAAUUUAUAUGAAAUACAAAGGAACCAUAAUAGGACAGCAGGAUAGAUAUUUUCUUUUGAAGGAUAUGAUGACAAAGUUUCUUUUAAAAAUCAUUUGUUGUUCUUGAUUCGAAAGUGGUCACAUUAUUUGGAGUAAUUGAAACUAGAUUGCUUAUUCUUUAGAGUAUAAAUCUUUUUUUUUUAUCUCAGUGUAAUGUUCUGUAGCAUAUUAUUUUUAGCAAUAUAUAUAUAGCAAUAUUUUUUUUUUAAUUUCUCUGAAAACUUGUUAGCAAUUUAACUUUUGUUUAUGAUGCAAGUCAAUGUAAAUUUUGCAAAAUAUUUGAAAAUAGGAAUUAUGUUUUUAUUCAUUUAAAUUAAGAUUAACACUUCAACUGCUACAAGCUCAUUUCAGGCUAGUCAUAAAUUAAUUAUGCAGUGCAAUAUUAUUAAUGCAUAUACAAGAUUAUGUCAGCCAAGAAGUGUUUGAAAUGUUCAAGCAAUCUCUGAGGAUUUUAAAUCUGAAAGAAUGCUUUAUAAAAAAUACUCCUGAGUUUUUUGGCUGUGGUUCGUGCGUUCUUUUCCUAUGAUAAGCAGUUAUGUGAGUGAAUGGUGCCAAGAAGUCAGUUUGUAGAAAAUCAUCUAGAUUUUUGUUUUAAAAUGUUUUUAUCACUAUUAUUAAGAAAUGCGUACUUUGAAUGAAGGCAGCAUUGGGGAGUCAUAUUGAAGUUGGACAUUAAUAAUAUGAAACAUAAAAUGAAUAUUGCCUAAGACUAAUGAUUAUAUGAAUAAAUGUUAUCAAGAAGACUGUUUUGUUCAUCAAAAAUCAUUGAAGAAUUUGUUCCAAAGCAUAUUUAUUUUCAUGAAUAUAAUUAUAAAUUGCAUAUUAUGCAGCAGAACAAAAAGUAAAAGGCACAACAUUCUUGUUGAAAGUAUUGAUAGAUAUUGGAAGAAGGCUGUGUCAAUUCAUAUAAAAUCAUCAAAACUUGGUGUAUCAAAGCAUACUUAUCCUUAUAGUUGUUGUUUUGAAAUGUAUGCAUUGUGUGAGAACAAUGAUGGGUAUACAGCAUUCCCAUAGAAGUUAGAUGUUGCUGAGUAAUUUUGUAGAAGAACUUUACACUGAGAUCAAAAUACAACCUGUAAAAGAUUUAUUUUUUAAUGUGAAUGAGAAGCCAUUUGCUUCUGAAGCUCCUGGAAUGUGUUAGCAGAAUGCUUUUUCUGUGUUUUCCAAACCAUUGCUGUACAUGAUUUAUGCUUUCCAACUAUUCUUUUCUGCUCUGUACUCCCCUUCAAUGCUAGAGCUGUAUGAAAGGUAAUGUGCCUUAUCAAUAAAAGAUGUGUUGUUAAUCACAGCAUUCUGUUAUUCAAUAUGUUUACUUUGAGGUGCAUUAAUUGAAAUAAAUUAUUGGUGAUAUAUAUCAAA